AUGAGCGCUCUGCGGCGGCUCUUCCGCGGCAGCGGGCGAGCGCUGGCGUUCGUCUUCGCCGCCUCCGUCGUCUGGCUGCUCCUCGACAUGGCCGCGCUCCGCCUCUCCCUCGGCGACGCCGGCGGGCGGCUGCUGAAGGAGGCGGCGGGGCGCGGGCAGGGGCGCGGGCAGGGGCGGGCCGCCGACGGGAGCCGGCAGCGACCUGCCAGCACGCAGGGGAAAGCCGGCCUGCCACCCCGGGCAGCGGGGCUGGGAGCCCUGCCUGGGCCGGAGGAGGCAAAAGUGGGAAAGAAAGGAACUUCCUCCGAAAAUCACUUUGUCCUUAUUAGCAAAGAAGGGGUAAAACCCGUCAGCCCAGCAGCCCCGCGUCUGGGACCUGACUCUGCGGGGAACCUCACGAAGAGCCAAGAAAAGCGCAAAGAGCGGCAGCUCGCUAACGAAAACGGCGACGGUGCCCACGCUGCAAACGCCAUCACCGGGGCUGCGGCGUUGGAUGGCCGGAGCCGGACACUGGGUGUGACGCAAGGAGCGGCUCCCGGGACACCUGCCGCUGGCAAGGACGGGCAGGAGCAGGCAGGCAGCAGCAGCCCGGGCUUGCACAGGGUCUUGUCCGUGGAUGCAACGCUUGCACCAAGAGACCCCCAAGCUCCCGGCCAGUUUGGACACCCUGUUGCAGUCCCUGAUGAUAAGCAAGAAGAAGCAAAAAGCAGAUGGAAAGAAGGAAACUUUAAUGUCUACCUCAGCGACUUGAUCCCCGUAGACCGAGCCAUAGCGGACACCAGGCCUGCCGGGUGCUCCGAGCAGCGGGUUCACGACGACCUCCCGACCACCACCAUCAUCAUGUGCUUCGUGGAUGAAGUGUGGUCCACCCUCCUCCGCUCCGUUCACAGCGUCCUCAGCAGAUCUCCUCCGCACCUGAUUGAAGAAGUCAUUUUGGUGGACGACUUCAGCACUAAAGAGUACCUCAAGGAGAAGCUGGACAAAUACAUGUCACAGUUCCCAAAAGUGAAGGUCCUCCAUCUCAAGGAGAGGCACGGUCUGAUACGGGCCAGACUGGCAGGAGCGGAGAUCGCCAAAGGCGCCGUCCUGACGUUCCUGGACUCGCACGUGGAGUGCAACGUGGGGUGGCUGGAGCCGCUGCUGGAGAGGGUCCGCCUCAGCCGGGCCAAGGUCGCCUGCCCCGUCAUCGAGGUCAUCAGCGACAAGGACAUGAGUUACAUGACCGUGGACAACUUUCAGCGUGGGAUUUUUACUUGGCCAAUGAAUUUUGGAUGGAGGCAGAUUCCGCAAGAGGUCAUCGAGAAAAAUAAAAUCAAGGAGACUGAUAUAAUAAGGUGCCCAGUCAUGGCAGGUGGCCUGUUUUCCAUCGAUAAGAAGUACUUUUUUGAGCUGGGAACGUACGACCCAGGACUAGAUGUUUGGGGAGGUGAAAAUAUGGAGAUUUCAUUCAAGGUCUGGAUGUGUGGAGGAGAGAUUGAGAUUGUUCCGUGCUCCAGAGUUGGGCACAUUUUCAGGAACGACAAUCCGUAUUCCUUCCCAAAAGAUCGGGUGAGAACGGUGGAGAGGAACUUGGCCCGUGUUGCGGAGGUCUGGCUGGACGAGUACAAGGAGUUAUUCUACGGCCACGCUUACCACUUAGUCUUGAAAAACCUGGAUGUCGGCGACCUGACUCAACAAAUCCAACUGCGAAAGAAGCUUCAGUGCAAAAGUUUCCGGUGGUACCUGGAGAACGUCUACCCGGACCUGGAAGCUCCCCUGGUUAAAGCCAGCGGGCUGCUUGUUAACGUAGCCAUGGCAAGAUGCAUCACUGUGGAAAACACCACUCUAGCUUUUGAGGCCUGUGAUGUUAACGACAAGAACCAAAAGUUCAACUACACCUGGCUGAGGCUGAUCCAGCACGGAGAGCUCUGCAUCGCCCCGGCCGGCGCUGCCGGCACGCUUGGCCUGCGCCGCUGCGAGGGCAGGAGCCGCAGCCUGACGUGGCUGCACAGGUCGCUGGCCGCCUUCCAGCCGGAGCUGAAGGACCACAUCGUCUCAGAGCACCUCCAGCAGCCGGCGUGCUUGGAAGUGGAUCCCUCUCACAAAGCCCUGAGGGUAAAUGCCUGUGACUCCGCAAAUCCUUAUCAAAAGUGGCAGUUUGGCAAUUACUAUGCAGACUGAAGGGAACACAGUUGAACCAGAAACGCUGUGUUUUCAUCUUGUGAACUCAGCAAGGACAUCUCUGCGACUUGUGACAGCAAUUACAAAACUGGAAGUUCAUUUCCAAAUGAUAAUUGAAAUCCGUAAUUUAAACCAGCAUAUUGAGAGAUCAGAAUACCAAGAGCAGCACGUGUGGUUUAACGAUGUCUGAAACAGAUAGGCGCGUUUUUCCCUCACUGUGGGAGACUGGCAAAAACUCAAAUAAUUUUCUGUAUUAUUAAAUGGAAAAAUUUUCUGAAGUCCCCCAUCCUACUGUAAGCAAACCUUCAUCAGUUCCCCCCGGACAGCAGCAUAAGCUGCAGAAAUACUUCCAGGGCUCUGUAGUCUGUAAACAGCAAAUUG